GGUCACGUGACAGGCGGUCGUGAGAGUAAAUGCAGGCUGAAUUCGGACCAGCAGUUCAGUGGUUGCAUUCCUCUCCUUGUGAUGGUGUGUUUUUGACGAUUGUUGAGAAAAUAUCUCAUAAAUAACACACGAACUGGAUUAAACCAAAAACAGCGCCGUCGCUCUGGAGGAGGACGACUCCAACUUCACCCACCGCGAAGAAGAGACGAGUACAGUAACUGUACACUUUCUUCACGUUUGCGGUGAUAAGGAAACUAAAGUGAGCGAAAAUGAUAAACAAAUGUCUCUUUUAUUCUUUUUUAAUGAGUGAAAAACAAAAUGGCUGAUGACAGCAAGCGGUAAGGGAAGAACAGCGCCGUCCCUUUAAGAACAAGCGGGCUCCAGUUCUUUUUACAGGAGUUGACGGAGAACGACACACUGCUGGCAGUUGACGUUUUGUGACUCUUUGUUUAAUGAGUGUAAGCGGCGGGCCCGGUGGUGCGCUCUGCUGAUCAUGUGAUAAUGAAUUAUUACAUGAUGUGAAACAGCUACGGUGUUCCGUGCCAUGAUCGGAGGACAAGGGCUGAUGCUCCACACAUCACAACACCAUUUCAACACUAAGGACUUCAGCGAGGCUUUUACAGCCAAUAUUUAUGAAACCGUUAAAAAAAGAUAAUCUUACUGCUGUACACGUCACGGGUACACGUCAGUUUUGCAUCGAUUCGUAUUGAUUUAUAAUAUAUUGAAGAAUUAAAAAGCAGGCUUUUCUUGCUGUGUGCUUAGCUAGGGCAUAAAAGAUGAGUCGUGUGACUGUCAAAAUUAGUACCAACCGCCGCCAACUAAAGACUGGGCAGUGUGUCACAGUCACAGUGUCACUUCAUGUUAACAGCUCUGACUUGUCCAAUUUUGUGUACGAGCUGUGUUCAGUUUUCUGGCAUUAUAUUCUAAAGGGACGUAAGCAGAGAACUCAACAGUAACAGUCUGCGAUUUUUUUUUAUAGGCCAGUUUAUCAGCCCUGUAGGUGAACAAAACUGAGUCGUCCAAUAAUAUUUUGCCUGCCUUGCGUAACUGUACGUCUGACAAGUGAAGCCUGUACUAUUAACAGCGUCAUUCUAAGUGUGUUGAUAACCCAUUUUUCUGACUUAUUGCAGCUCCUCGUGACGGAUGAAACAUCUACCGGUUUAUUUUAAGCGAACAAAUAUUUAAAAGGGCGAUCGCGGCAUUCUGUUAGUUUGUACGCCAGAUUUCUUCGGACAAAGCCAAGUGUAGGUAAAAGAACAGCAACAAGUUUAGGGUAAAAAGAAACUGAUGUGCGAUGGCGGACAGCUGGAAGAGCUGCCUGGAGGAAGAGCUCAUCUGCCCCAUCUGCCUGCACGUCUUCGUGGAGCCCGUCCAGCUGCCGUGCAAACAUAACUUCUGCCGCGCCUGCAUCAGCGAGGCUUGGUCCAAAGACGGGGUCCCGCUGCGCUGCCCGGAGUGCAACCACGCCUACGGACAGAAACCGCCGCUGGAAAAGAACCUGAAACUGACAAACAUCGUUGACAAAUUCAACGCGCUGGACGGGGAGAAGACGGCGGUGGCUCUCCAGUGCAUCCUGUGCCGGCGUGGGCCGCCGCUCCCUGCGCACAAAGUUUGCCUUCGCUGCAACGCACCGUGCUGCCAGUCCCACGUGCAGACGCACUUGCAGCAGCCGUCCCCAAACCCGGGACAUUUCAUAGUGGACGUGGUGGAUUUGAAGGCUUGGACCUGCCCGCAGCAUGGCGAAUACCGCCUUUAUCACUGCGAGGCGGAGCACGCGGCCGUUUGUCAGUACUGCUGCUUUUCCAGGUGUGCGAGCAGCCACGGGCACGCAGUGUGCGACGUGGACGUGCGCCGCAACGACAUCAGGCAAGCACUGGUGAAGCAGCAAGACCGGAUGGAAGAGCAUGAGCAGGAUGUGGAGGAGCAACUCUACAAGCUGGAGUCUGAUAAGCAACAAGUAGAGGACCAGGUUCAACAGCUUAAGGAAGAGGUCCGAGUUCAGUACCAAAAAAUGCACCAGCUCCUGAAGGAGGAUCUUAGCAGGACCCUGGAGAUGCUGGACAAGGCUCGUUCCAGGUUCUGCCAGGAGAACUCUUCCCAGGCUCUACAGCUCCAUGAGCGGCACCAGGAAGUCAAGAAGCUACUGAGCUCCAUCCAGAUAAUGUUUGACAAGACUGAGGAUGUCAACUUCAUGAAGAACACAAAGUCCGUGAAGGUAUUAAUGGACAGAUCCAAGUCUUGUAUUGGCAAUGGACUACCCCCUCACAAAGUAGGACACCUCAACUCCAAACUCUUCCUGAUGGAGGUUUCAAAGAGAGAGAAAAACCUACGUAAAAUGCUAGAAGUGUCCUUCAGUGUCCCAGGUAAUUUCCUGCAGAGUGUGGAGGCAUACCCUUGCAGCUUGGGCAGAGGAGGGGCAGAAAAGCGAAAGCACUCUACUGCUUUCCCUGAUGCUGGUUUUCUGGCAUCCUCCCCUGGGCCCAUGGGUAAGCAGCCAUACCUGGGCCAGGGACUGCCUCGGUCUGGCUCUGUAUUCCCUGGACCUCCCUACCCUGCUGCUAGUCCCUCACAGCAGUAUGGCAGCCGCAAGGUGCUCAUGUGCACAGUGGACAAUUGUUACUGCUCCGGGACAACCCCUGUGUCCGGUCACCGUGCCCAUGGGUCCUACCCCCGCUCCAACUCCUUCCCCUGGACCGUAAAUUCUCAGGAGUACCCCCCACUACCCUCUGCCCCUAAUGUGCCUCAGCCUUUGCAAGGCCUCUCUGUGCGGGACUGGUUGGAGCCCUCACCAAGCCGAAGGACCUCUGACCUUUAUGGCUUAUAUGGCCAGUCUUCCAGCAAGCACUACGUCACCAGUUAGCCUUCUUGGCACCUCACCAGAAGACUGUCAUUUUCAGUUUUCAUUUUCCUAACGCUACAAUUCAGCAGUAAAAUAUAUCUGUCCGUCUUUCCAGUUCUGCAUUCUUCUACUAUACAGAUUCCAAACAGUUUGGUUCCAAGUGAAAUAUAACAGUGGAAAAAGGACUAAUUUAUCAUGUUCCAACCAGGUUUUGCAUCUGUGUUAACUUAAAAUAAGUACAGCUUUAAAUUGGGACCUUGUUUUUACUUGUUAUAAAAGUCCAGUCCUCAUGAGGUACAAAGUGGUUUUUACUGAAUCUCAUUGCUAUUUUUUUGGAUGAUGAAUUGCAUCACCUGGUGUUCCAUAUAAAUCAAGCACUAAUUAAAACAUGUUCUGAAAUGUACAACUCUGGAAUUCAAUACACUUCUAUUUUUUUUUUUUCUGAAGUUAGUGUUACUAAAUUUUGAGUUAUUUUCAGUGGUGAUGCUGGUUCUCAUCAAUCAUAUGUAUAACAGAUAUCUGCCAGUUUAGCCCCUUUCUGGAGAGUGACACAAAGCCACUGGGUGGUGCAGGUCUAAAGACAGGGUUACAGCUGUCCAAUGUGGAGAACACUGGAGAACACUGAUAUGCUAUCCAAAUUUUCACAGUUUCAGGGGAGACUCUGGAAAUGCUUGAAAGGAUUGUAACCAUUUUGAGGAUAAGAGCAGAACUGCUGGCUGACAGUUUCAUUCACUGACAGAAGUUAUAAACUGUGGGUUACAAGCACCUUUCUAUAAGCUAUGGAUUGUUCUAGCUUUGUGAAAGAUGCUGCUCCCAGACUAAUAUAAUUUCCUGCUAUGUUAGAAAAGAUU